AUGGCGCGAACCAGAGGGGCCAAGUCUUCCUCUCCUUCAAGCCGCAAGAAAAGCCUGCGAAAUAAGCCAGUUCCAGAUCCCGUUUCUGAGCCUUCGCAGCCAAGAGCAGUUCCUCCUCCGGUGAAAUCCGCGCCGCUAAAGCCUCCGGCGAGGCGUUACCUUACCAGGUCAGGGGGUCGGCCGCUGCAAAAGAGGCCUAGGGUUGAAAGCUCAGAACCCAUUGACUUGACUGAACAAUCUCCAGAGCCUUCGCCGGUUCCAACUCCAGUUCCCUCGCCAGUUCUGUCGCCAGUUCCAUCUUCAGUGCCAUCUCCGGCACUGCAAGCAAAACCACAGGAGCCUCAGCCGCCACUUCCCGAGCCCCAAAUUCCAUCUGAAACAGCUCCGGAAGAAAGCGGGGUGUGA